UGCCAACUGCAACACAGUCCUGACCAAUCGCUCUAAGAUCAUCUCCACACGCUUCACAGGAUCAACAGGCCGUGCUUUCCUCUUCAACAAGAUUACAAGCCAAAGGAGCAAACUUCAGACACCAAAUAAAUUUCUCUCCUCCUCCUAAACCUCUUGCCAACAUGGUUGAGCCCACCACUGCCACUGAACUCCGCCAUGGUCUUGGCUGAGUGCCAGGACAUCCUCCAGCCUCAAAUUAAUCUGCUUGAGGUCUUGAGGAACGACGAUAUUCCAACGGGUGUGUGGUCGGCCGCGAGGGCGUCUCUAUCCCACCGAUGGCGGAUCAAACUCGUAAAUGGUUCUCGUGGGGUGGUCGUCUGUGCAGCGCAGGAUAUGUCCGAGCCAACGAAAAUGGCACUGUGCAAUGGUGCGGAGGAUAUUUGGUUGGUUAGUCCUCUGCCGGAGCUCCUCGUUGGAGACCCAGUCAUACCAAUGCACCGCCAGUCAUGGGGUGUCCUGGCCCACCAUCAUGGACUGGGGUAAGGUUGGACUACUCUUCGUCUGGCCUCUUCCUUUGGACCUGUCUGGCUUGGGUCGCCCUACCAGGAGCGAUAGCUCUUGCCAGCAUGGCUCUCAGGAUCAUCAGGACACCCAAGGCCGUCCACCACAGCAAGGUGGUAGUCCGCGGAAGGUGGUGAAUGUGCAGUACAGUGACGUACAGGACCGGGAGAUGGUCACAGGGAGGCACAUGGUGCGUGAUGUCAGUUGUAAAAACUGCAACAGUAAGCUGGGCUGGAUGUAUGAGUUUGCCAUUGACAACAGCCAACGCUACAAAGAAGGGCGCGUAAUCCUAGAAAGGGCACUAGUAAGAGAGAGUGAGGGAUUCAAGGAAUAUGUGCCAUCCGAUUCCUCCUGAACCUCUCCUCUCUUUUAACUCUAUCUCUCUCUCUCUCUCUCUCUCUCUCUCUCUCUCUGUUACGCUGUUCAUCUCAGUCACUGCCGUGUCUGAACAUCAUCUGAACAAUGUAUCUGCUUCUCACAAGUUAGUCCAGCCUUGUUUAGAGACUGCUAAUAAACAACAAAACCGAUUCAGCAGCCCAUCCAUGGCUUUUUUUUUUUAAAAACAUGCUUUUAUUCAAGAAAGAUAAGACAAUACUGAUCCAUUCAUUUUGAUACAAUGUCUUGUUUUCUUAUGAGAACCAAUACCAUCCCACUCGCACUACACAUACUACCUUAAAAAAAAAAAAAGGAAGGGAGAGGAAGUUUGGGGGAAGGGGGGCUGUUCACAUUCUGUUUAAAAUGCACACAACCAUCAGGGCCUUAUAUUAUCUACUAGCAGGUUACCCGGGCGUGUUCUGGGGGGGGUUGCCCCCAGACUUCCAUGUCAAAUUUGGUGAAGAUCCAUCGAGAAAUGGUGAUAUUAACCCAAGAUAAACAAAAAUCCAUCACCCUGGGGCCCAAAUAUAGAUUUUUCUGAGUUCUGCCACAUUGUGGCUAUCUCCUGUACUUGCGUGCCAAGUUUAGUGAAGAUCUGUCGAGAGUUUGUGUUGAUAAAUGUAACGUGAAAGGCAUUG